AUGCGUCUAUAUAAUUUUAUUUUACUGCAUAAAUACGUAUCGUCUCCGGCACGGUGUAAGGCGUUGAAGCGGUUCCACGACUGCCGCCAAAAUUCAACUUUGAGAGAGAUGCGAAUAUCCUGGUCUCGGUUAUAAACACUGGGGUGUAGCCUGGUGUUGCACUACUAACGGGAAAUAUUUACUCCACACGUAUCUUAUUAAAAUUCAAGGAAUAGAGGAGCGCCGAUCUUCAACAUGCACAUAAAGUCUAUCAUUAUUGAAGGUUUCAAGUCCUACGCUCAGAGGACGGAGAUCAACGGUUUCGACCCGUUGUUCAACGCCAUCACGGGGCUGAACGGCAGCGGAAAGUCUAAUAUACUGGACUCCAUAUGUUUUCUUCUGGGCAUUUCAAAUCUAACUCAUGUCAGAGCCUCCAACCUGCAGGACCUCGUAUACAAAAAUGGACAGGGUGGCAUUACCAAGGCGACUGUGUCGAUUACUUUUGACAACUCAAACAAAAGUCAGAGCCCUCUGGGGUUUGAAACCCACGAUGAAAUUACUGUCACCAGGCAGGUGGUGAUUGGCGGCAGGAACAAGUACCUGAUCAAUGGAGUUAAUGCAAACAACACCCGGGUUCAAGACUUGUUUUGCUCCGUCGGCCUCAAUGUCAACAACCCACAUUUUCUCAUCAUGCAGGGGAGGAUCACAAAGGUUCUGAACAUGAAGCCCCCUGAGAUUCUUGCAAUGAUCGAGGAGGCAGCAGGUACAAGAAUGUAUGAAUGUAAAAAGAUCAGUGCUCAGAAAACAAUUGAGAAGAAAGAAGCCAAGCUGAAGGAGAUACAAACGAUCUUAAAUGAGGAAAUUACUCCAACAAUGCAGAAAUUACAAGAGGAGCGUUCAUCUUACCUGGAGUACCAGAAGUUGAUGCGUGAGAUUCAGCACUUGACUCGUCUGUAUGUGGCCUGGCUGUUUGUGUGUGCGGAGGAGACUAAGAUGAAGUCGGCAGAAAAUCUGAAAGUGAUGCAGGAUAACAUUGCUAAGAUGCAAGCUAGCAUGGCUGAGAAUGAGAGCAAAGUCCAAGAACUCACAGCUGAGAUCCAGGAGCUGCAGAAGAAAAGGGAUCAGGAAGUGAGUGGAGUUCUUAAAUCUCUUGAAGAAUCAUUGGCAGAUGUGCAACGUGUGGAUGCAAAGGCCCAGAGUGCACUUGAUCUCAAAAAACAGAAUCUUAAAGAUGAAGCCAAGAAGAAGAAAGAGCUUGUAAAGAAUAUGGAAGAGGACAACAAGAUGCUUACUGUGAAGGAGAAGGAGGUUUCUAAAAUGAUGGAGCAGCUUCAGUCACUGCAGGAGGAGGGACAGAAGGAAAACGCUGCCUUUGAAGCAGCAGAGCAGCAUUUUAAGGCUGUCUCUGCUGGUCUUUCUACCAAUGAGGAUGGAGAGGAGGACACACUGGCAGGACAGAUGAUGACCUGCAAAAAUGACAUGAGCAAAGCAGAUACAGAAGCCAAGCAGGCCCAAAUGACAUUGAAACAUGCCCAGUCUGAGCUGAAGGCCAAACAGACAGAAGUGAAGAAGAUGGACGGUGGAUACAAGAAAGAUCAGGAUACCUUGCAGACUGUCAGAAAUAGCAGAGAGAAGCUGGAGGCGGAGCUAGCUAAACUUGGAUAUGAAGAUGGGAAGGAGGAGAGCCUGUUGGACAAAAGAAGGCAGUUGUCCAGAGAGGUCGCCACUCUGAAAGAGACUUACGAACGUCUUGUGUCUCGCUUCCCUAAUUUGCGCUUUGAUUACAAAGAUCCAGAGCGUGGGUGGGACCACAGUAAGGUGAAGGGGCUGUUGGCCAACCUGAUCACAGUUCGUGACGUCUCUUAUGCCACUGCUCUUGAGGUGGUGGCAGGAGGACGACUAUAUAACAUUGUAGUCGACACAGAGGUGACUGGUAAAAAGCUGCUGGAGAAGGGAGAGCUGCAGCGCAGAUACACCAUCAUUCCCCUGAACAAAAUCUCUGCCAAAACCCUGAAUGUCAACGUAGUCAACAGCGCCAAGAGCCUGGUUGGAGACGAUAACGUCCACACUGCUCUGUCCUUGGUAGGAUAUGAAUCUGACCUUCGUAAGGCCAUGGAGUACGUCUUUGGCUCCACGCUGGUGUGUGACACACUGGACAAUGCCAAGAGAGUGGCUUUUGAUAGGAAGGUGAUGACCAAGACUGUCACCCUGGGAGGGGACAUCUUUGACCCACAGGGAACUCUGAGUGGAGGUGCUCGCUCCCAGAAAGCAUCUGUUCUGGCCAGUCUGCAGGAGGUCAAGGAGGUUCAGGACAGUCUCAAAGAAAAGGAGAUGCAGCUUCAAGACACAGAGCGACAGUUGGCCAGUCUUAAAGGAAUCGCUGAGAAGUAUCGCCAGCUGAAGCAGCAGCAUGAGUUGAAGGUAGAAGAGGAACAGAUUCUUCAGGCCAAGCUGCAGCAGAGCUCCUUCCACCAGCAGCAGGAGGAGCUGGAGAGACUACGCAAAGCCAUUGAGGAGAGUGAGAAGACCCUGUGCGUCACCAAGGAGGUGCAAAAACGAGCCGAAGAGAAGUACAAGGUGUUGGAGAACAAGAUGAAAAAUGCUGAGGCCGAAAGAGAAAAAGAGCUGAAAGCUGCGCAGCAGAAACUAAACGCAGCCAAGAGCAAAGCCGAUGCAUUCAACAAAAAACUCAAGCAGAAGCAGCAGGAGUCGGAGGCUGUGUCUUUGGAGUUGGAGGAGCUGAAGAGAGAACAGGCUGGUUAUGAGCAGCAGAUUGCGGCUGUAGAUGAAGCUAUGAAAGCCAUCCAGGAGCAGAUAGACAGCAUGACCUGCGCUGUGACCCAGAAUAAGGAGGCUGUGCGUAAAGCCCAGGAGGAGCUGGCAAAACAAAAGGAGGUGAUCAUGACCCAAGACAAGGAGCUCAAGGGGAAAAGCACUGAGGCCAAUAAGAUGAGGGAGCAAAACAAUGAAUACCAGCUGAAGAUUAAGGAACUGGAGCACAACAUUAAUAAACACCGCAAAGACAGCCAGGAUGCUGCUGACAAGGUGACUCGGAUGCUGGAGGAACAUGACUGGAUCCAGUCAGAGCGCGGCUUCUUCGGUCAGCCAAACACCUCCUACGACUUCAAGACCAACAACCCUCGUGAGGCGGGUCAACGGCUGAAGAAGCUGGAGGAGACCACCUCCAAGCUGGAGAGGAACAUCAACAAGAGGGCGAUGAACAUGUUGAAUGAGGCGGAGGAGAGGUACAAUGACCUGAUGAAGAAGAAGAGGAUCGUGGAGAACGACAAAGAAAAAAUUCUACAGACUAUCAAGGAACUGGACCAGAAGAAGAAUGAAGCUCUGAACCUGGCCUGGCAGAAGGUGAAUAAGGACUUUGGCUCCAUUUUCUCCACUCUGCUGCCAGGGGCCAAUGCCAAACUGGCCCCCCCACAGGGCUGUGGAGUGUUGGAGGGCCUUGAGUUCAAGGUGGCUUUGGGCAACACCUGGAAGGAGAACCUCAGUGAGCUAAGUGGAGGACAGAGGUCACUGGUGGCCCUGUCCCUCAUUCUGGCCAUGCUGCUGUUCAAACCAGCUCCAAUCUACAUCCUGGAUGAGGUGGAUGCUGCUCUGGAUCUUUCUCACACACAGAACAUUGGGCAGAUGCUGCGCAGUCAUUUCAGACACUCACAGUUUAUUGUGGUGUCCCUGAAGGAUGGCAUGUUCACCAAUGCCAACGUCCUGUUCAAGACAAAGUUUGUGGACGGCAUGUCCGCAGUGUCACGGUCUGCGCUCACCCAGUGCGACACCAAUGUUCCCCAGAAAGGCCAGGACAAGGCUCGUCAGAAGGACAAGAGGAACAAAAAGCUCAUGAGCUAAUGAUGAAACGAUACAGCAGCAAAACAAGUUUUAGAAAAAUAUUGCAAAAUGUGUUUGUAUCUAAAGAACUGUGUAUACUCCUCAAGGCCUUUGUUUGUGAGUGAUCUGUCACUUUCCAUCUCCUUUUUCUCUGUAUCACGACAUGAAUCACUUACAGUUUUGUAUUUUUAAAUGUUUUUAUCUUUUGCCUAUACUCUUGUUGACUUUCCCAUCUCUGUUGUGCUACACACGAUAAAUGGCGUAUGUUUUUAUUUUAAUUAAUAAAUUAGGUCAAUUGUAAAU